AUGGAGAAGAGCCCCCCUCUCACUCUGCCAUGGGGACCCCUUUUUCAGCAGGACCAAGCAACCAAACGGAGAAGCCGACUCCAGCGAAGGCAGAGCUUUGCUGUGCUCCGGGGGGCCGUGCUGGGGCUGCUGGAUGGAGGGGACGAUGGAGGGACAGCUGAGACCAGUCCUGAUCCAGCGGGUGAGGAGCCACCCCAAGGGGACCAGACGGACGACGGGCACGGGCCCCAGAGUCCCCAGAAGCAGGAGCAGAGGCAGCACGUGCACCUCAUGGUGCAGCUGCUUCGGCCACAGGACGAUAUCCGCCUGGCGGCCCAGCUGGAGUCGGCCCGGCCCCCUCGGCUCCGCUACCUGCUGGUAGUGUCCACAAGGGAACACAUUAGCCAGGAAGAGACCGUCCUUCUGGGGGUAGACUUCCCAGACAGCAGCUCCCACAGCUGUACCCUGGGCCUGGUCUUACCCCUCUGGAGCGACACUCAGGUGUACCUAGAUGGAGAUGGGGGCUUCAGUGUGACCUCGGGGGGACAGAGCCACAUCUUCAAGCCCAUUUCCAUCCAGACCAUGUGGGCUACGCUCCAAGUGUUGCACCAGGCGUGUGAGGUGGCACUCGACAGCGGCCUGGUGCCAGGGGGCAGUGCCCUCACCUGGGCCUCCCACUACCAGGACAAAGUGAGCUCUGACCAGCACUGCCUCAAUGAGUGGAUGGCCAUGACCGAUCUGGAGUCUCUGCGGCCUCCCAGUGCUGAGCCUGGCCGGCCCCCGGAGCAGGAGCAGAUGGAGCAGGCCAUCCGGGCCGAGCUGUGGGCAGUGCUGGACACCAGCGACCUGGAAAGCAUCACCUCCAAGGAGAUCCGCCAGGCCCUGGAGCUACGCCUGGGCUGCCCGCUGCAGCAGUACCGUGACUUCAUCGACAACCAGAUGCUGCUGCUCAUGGCCCAGCAGGACCGAGCCUCCCGCAUCUUCCCCCACCUCUACCUGGGCUCCGAGUGGAACGCUGCUAACCUGGAGGAGCUGCAGAGGAACAGGGUGAGCCACAUCCUGAACAUGGCCCGGGAAAUCGACAACUUCUACCCGGAGCGCUUCACCUACCACAAUGUGCGCCUCUGGGAUGAGGAGUCGGCCCAGCUGCUGCCCCACUGGAAGGAGACGCACCGCUUCAUCGAGGCCGCCAGGGCCCAGGGCACCCAGGUGCUGGUCCACUGCAAGAUGGGCGUCAGCCGCUCGGCCGCCACCGUGGCAGCAUACGCCAUGAAGCAGUACAGCUGGGGCCUGGAGCAGGCGCUGCGACACCUGCAGGAGCUCCGGCCCAUCGCCCGGCCCAACCCCGGCUUCCUGCGCCAGCUGCAGACCUACCAGGGCAUCCUGACUGCCAGCCGGCAGAGCCAGGUCUGGGAGCAGAAAGUGGGUGCGGUCUCCCCAGAGGAGCUCCUGGCCCCAGAAAUCUCUCCGACGACUUCCCUAGCCCUUCCCCCUGAACCGGGAGGCAGUGGGGAUGUGGAGACCGGGGAGCUGGAGGAGAGUCGGGCAGCCCGGACGGAAGAGCUGAGUCCCCGUCCCCGGAUCAACCUCCGUGGAGUCAUGAGGUCCAUCAGUCUGCUGGAGGCUUCCUCCGAGCUGGAAGGCGCCCCGGGAGCUGGUGACUUGCCAGGGGUGUUCUCUUCCAAUGAGUCUUCAGACGAAGACCCUCCACAGCCCUCCCCUCAGCCACCGAAGACCAAAGGGGUCCGGGGCUUUCGGCGAGGCCGGAAGGGGCCAUGGCCUGCCCUGAAGUCACGCCAGUCGGUGGUUGCCCUGCACAGCGCCGCCCUGGUGGCCAGCAGGACCCAGGCCUUCCAGAAGCAGGAGCCGGAGCCGGAGCAGGGGGAGGAGGCUGGCUGUUCCUCCACACCUAGGUUCCGGAAGGUGGUGAGGCAGGCCAGUGUGGAUGGCAGCGAGGAGGAGGGUGAGGCCUGAGCACCCUACAUGCCCACACCCCCUAGACCAGUGGUUCUCAACCUUCCUAAUGCCACAACCCUUUAAUACAGUUCCUCAUGUUGUGGUGAAC